CGGUCACAUUAGUGUCAUCGCAUUCUUCCAGUUUGAUAUUGUUUUGUGUUUUGUUUUGCCUUUUUUUUUAACAACUGAAAACCCAUUGUGCACCUUUGCCGAGUAUUGUCGAGCGUGAAAAAAGUGGAUCACAAUUGAACGGUUGGCAGUAGCAGCAGCAACCAUGGCAUUUCGCCAACCGGAUCACGAGAUGAGCGUCACCUCGCUCGAUUCAAGCGUCGAAUUGCGAUCGCGCUCUCCGUCCCCGCAGCUCUUCAAUCGGCGCAAGCUACGCUUUGCCGACGACGACUUUGACAAGGACGAGCCCGACGGUGCCAGUCCGCAGCAGCAGCAGCAGCAGAGAAAGAAGCUGGCCGCUGGAGAGGGCGGUAGCGGUGAUGUGUCCAUGUCGCCGCCGUGCCAGAAGGUGCGAGCCUUGCGCCUAUUUAGCACGCCAGCUACACCGAAAACGAUCCUGCAAAAGUCAACGACUCAGUGCCGCAACCAUCUCUCGGCUGCGGCAGCCGCCGUGAAUGCAUCCCGCGAGGAGCCCUUCCGGAUUUCGGAGCGCCCGAGGUCCUUGCCACUGCACAACCGUAACAUUCCCGCCCAGGACACGGCCAAUGUGAAUCCCUUUACACCCGACAGCCUGCUGGCACACAAUAAGAAGCGCUGCCGCACCCAAUUCGGACGUGAGAACCUCAAUGUGAAUGCCAUGCAAAAGUAUUUGCUCAGCUCAGAUGCCUUCGACGAGGAUGCGGCGGAUGCGGAAGGCGACUCGGGCCGCGAGAUACACCAGCAGGCGCCGAAGCGCCUCGCCCUGCACGACACCAACAUAAGCCGUUUCAAGCGCGAGUUCAUGCAGGUUAACGUAAUUGGUGUUGGCGAGUUUGGUGUUGUAUUUCAGUGCGUCAACCGGCUGGACGGGUGCAUCUAUGCGAUCAAGAAGAGCAAAAAGCCGGUGGCAGGCAGCUCCUUUGAGAAAAGAGCCCUGAACGAGGUCUGGGCUCAUGCCGUGCUGGGCAAGCACGACAAUGUGGUUAGGUACUAUUCCGCCUGGGCUGAGGACGAUCACAUGCUGAUACAGAACGAGUUCUGCGAUGGCGGGAGUCUGCAUGCCCGCAUCCAGGAUCACUGCUUGGGGGAGUGCGAGCUCAAGAUUGUUCUCAUGCACGUGAUCGAGGGACUGCGCUACAUCCACUCCAAUGACCUGGUGCAUAUGGAUAUCAAGCCGGAGAACAUAUUCUCCACUAUGAACACGAACGCACACAAGCUGACUGAACUUCAGGCGCAGCAGCAGCAGCAAACAAAAAAUGAUGACGACGAUGGAAUGGAUAGCGUCUACGAGGAGCUGCGACACUCUGACAACCUAGUCACAUACAAGAUUGGCGACCUGGGCCAUGUGACGUCCGUCAAGGAGCCGCAUGUGGAGGAGGGCGAUUGCCGAUACCUGUCCAAAGAGAUCCUACAGGAGAACUACUCCAAUCUAUUUAAGGCCGACAUAUUUUCGCUGGGCAUAACACUGUACGAGGCGGCCGGCGGCGGUCCACUGCCCAAAAAUGGUCCCGACUGGCAUAAGCUGCGAGACGGUGAGGUGCCCAUUCUGCCUAGUCUGAGCAAAGAUUUCAACGAACUAAUCGCCCAGAUGAUGCAUCCAGAUCCGGAGAAGAGGCCCAGCUCCCAUUCCAUAUUCAGUCAUUCAAUCCUUAGCUCUGUCGAGUCCAAGAGUAAGCUUCAGCUAGGUCUGGAGCUGACAGUGGAGAAGCGUAGGAACGAGAUACUGAUGAACAAGCUAAGAGAGGCAAAGAAACAAAUUAAAACACUUGAACAACGGGUUAAUCUCCUAGCGGCGAACAACAACCCAGAUAGUCUGGAUGGUCAGCGAUGUCUUCGCUCCUUCACGCGACGCAUGCGCACACCCUUCGAUAGCCUGGUGGCCGAUCGCAACAAGAACGUUAUCAGCAAUGUUUGAUAAGAUCGCGAUUCAAACACCGGUAGCCAAACUCUUCCGAAUAGAACGUGAACUCUAAGCUCACAUUGUGUUACACUUAAUAUAUUAAUCAUAUUAAAGAUAUUGUACAAUAUUAAAAAAUUGUCGCUUCGGCCGAUCGUGUACCCCGCCAUUCCCGGAUUAUUUUCACAGUUCGUGAAGCAACAACAAGCAUGGCUAAUAUAAUAUCUAUAUUUUUUUUCCAAGUUCAGUGAAAUUUUCUUUACUGAGAAAAUACACAUUUGUUUUAAGAUAAGAAGGAGGUCCUCAUCGUAGAUGUUUAAGAUAAACAAAUAGCUGUAAAUGAGUAUUGUUUUCAAAAUUAAAAUAUUUAUUGUGUUACAUAUGGAAAGCGAAACUGAUAAACGAGAUAAUUCGUUAAAUAUAACGAAUACAAAUUCUA